AUGUAUCGGAAGUUGUCUAAGUUAGAACACUCGGAAAUAAAACAACUUCUUACAGAAGCUAACAUAGAUGUUGCAAAACAUUACGCAACAAACAAAAAGGCACUCGCUGACAUCCUCAAUGACUACAAUGGUGAAAUAACUUAUGAUAGAAUUCAUGAGUUCAUAAAGCUGCAACGCGGCGAGGACGAAGUCCAUGCAAUAGCAUUUCCUUUAAAUGACGUUGCUAUUGACUUAUAUCAUAGACGUUCAAUACCUCAUGAAGUAAGAAGAGAAAUGUUUGACAUAACAAAUGCGAACGUUGGUGAAACAAGAAGAAGAGACGACACACUGAAACAACAGAGAAGAGAGAUGUUUAAAAGUGCUAUAGAACAAGUUCGCAAAGCUAACGAUGUCAUUCGUUCCAUUGACGACAAACCAAAAGAAGGUGAGAGAUGGUUAAAGAAAGAUGAAGAGAAUAGGAAGAGAAAUGUGAAGUCAGGCAAUAGACUCAUUGACUUUAACAUCGAAGCUUUAGAUGAACCAAACAGAGACUACUUACACAAACAUUUCGGUAAGGUUUUCAUGAGACUCUUAGAGAAAAUUAAAAUAAACUCACAACAAAGAUGGAUGGUAUGUUAUAAACUUGGUGGAAAGUAUGAAUGUUCUACGUUAAACCUCAAUAAUAUUGGAACAUUACUACAUCAGCUCUUGAAGGAGAACUUUAUAUCAGAGAUAGAAGCAAAUGCUGCAGGUAUUGUUGAAAUGCACUAUGACUUCUUCUUGACAAACAUAAAGAAUCUUACCGAAAUAAAGAUGUAUGAUUUAACAGAAUAUGAAGGCUUAACGAUGUCAGAU